UAAUUUUUCAUAGCAGUUUUUGACGGGUUACAGCAGUCAUUGCAAAACAGUGUGUGGAGAGAAAUAUUGUCUGGCAUCAAAAUUCUAGUAACAUAGCUUUGUUCCGUACUUUGCCCAAUUUAUAAAGGCAAAGAUGUUUCGUGCUCUGAGUGCUACGUGUAAUUUGUCUACAAAAGUAAAUCGUCUUCCAACGACCAACUUUGUCAGGCAUAAUGUAAUUCCAAGCUCCGUCCCUAUACCUGACAAAUCUGCAGAGUCGGAACAGCUUCGUAAUCUACGUUUGGCCAUAACACCUAGCUAUGGGUAUGGUUCCAAUACGUUCGAGAAUGGGAAAACUCAAGCUUGCUCGUCAUCUGUUCUAGCUGGAGAUCCGAAACAUGUGAAAAUGCGUCAGGAUAUUCGAAAGGAAAUCCUGGAUAAAUGGAGUAGACCCAAACCAGACUCGCAGAGGGAAUGGUUGAAGAAUCUGAUGUUUCUCUAAAAUAUAUUUAGUAUUUAAUA